AUGACUGCCCGCCUCGCGCAGCUGGAGGCGCUGACGGCCUUGUGGAGUGUGGCGCGCCACUCUGCAGCCCUGGCCGAGCUGGUGGCCACCCUGGACGACGACGUGAUGGCGGGCGUGGUGGCCGCCCUGCUGGACCACAAGGAGGCCGUGCGGCACGCCGCGGCCCUGCUGGUGCGCGACCUCAGCAAGCGCACGCUGCAGCUGUCCCAACUGGCCGUGGACGCGGGGGCAGGCAGCGCCCUCGCGCAGCUGCUCAAGGACACACCGGGCCCGUGCCGCCUGCACGCCGCCGUCGCCCUCGGCUACAUCGCCGCGCACUCGCCCGUCCUCGCCUUGGCCGUCAUCGCCGCGCAGGUGGUGGAGGGCCUGGUGGCGGUGCUGCGCGAGGACGACGACGAGGCCGUGCUGGAGGCCGCCGCCUGGACGCUGGGUCAGCUGGGCAGGCACUCCGCUAAACAUGUGGAGGAGAUCGCCGGCCAACACGUGCUCACCACGCUCGCUGAGGUGAGGCCAGGGACUAAGGACUGA